CUCAGCGCCUCCCCAACGUAGUCCGACUCGCGGCCGCCUCGGUCGGAACCGCGUCCGGAUCCAGCCCCGCGCGGGCGGCCGUCACCGCGCCUCGGGCCGGACGAUGCCCAAGAAGCUGCUGCUGUUGCCCCCGCUGUCCGCGUGCUCGGCCUUCCGCGCCCCGCGAGCCCGCCCCGCCGUCCCGCCAGCCAUGAACGCCGCCCGCACUGGCUACCGAGUCUUCUCGGCCAACUCCACGGCCGCCUGCACGGAGCUGGCCAAGCGCAUCACCGAGCGCCUUGGUGCUGAAUUGGGGAAGUCUGUUGUCUACCAAGAGACCAAUGGAGAAACAAGAGUUGAAAUCAAAGAAUCUGUUCGUGGCCAAGAUAUUUUCAUUAUACAGACAAUACCCAGAGAUGUGAACACAGCUGUGAUGGAGUUACUGAUCAUGGCCUACGCACUGAGGACUGCCUGUGCCAGGAAUAUCAUUGGCGUCAUCCCUUACUUCCCCUACAGCAAGCAAAGCAAGAUGCGGAAGAGGGGCUCCAUUGUGUGCAAGCUGCUGGCAUCCAUGCUGGCAAAAGCAGGUUUAACUCACAUUAUCACUAUGGAUCUUCACCAAAAGGAAAUACAAGGCUUUUUCAGCUUUCCCGUGGACAACCUUAGAGCCUCACCUUUCCUGCUUCAGUAUAUCCAGGAAGAAAUUCCAAAUUACAGAAAUGCAGUCAUUGUAGCUAAGUCUCCUGAUGCUGCAAAAAGGGCACAGUCAUAUGCGGAGAGGCUGCGUCUGGGGUUAGCUGUCAUCCACGGAGAAGCUCAGUGCACAGAGCUGGACAUGGAUGAUGGGCGGCACUCCCCCCCAAUGGUCAAGAACGCCACUGUGCACCCCGGCCUGGAGUUGCCGCUGAUGAUGGCCAAGGAGAAGCCACCAAUAACAGUAGUUGGAGACGUCGGAGGACGCAUUGCGAUCAUAGUGGAUGACAUUAUUGACGACGUGGAGAGUUUUGUUGCUGCUGCAGAGAUCCUGAAAGAAAGAGGUGCUUACAAGAUCUAUGUCAUGGCCACGCAUGGCAUCCUGUCUGCCGAUGCCCCCCGCCUGAUUGAGGAGUCCUCCAUUGAUGAGGUGGUGGUGACAAAUACUGUCCCUCAUGAGGUCCAGAAGCUGCAGUGUCCCAAGAUAAAGACUGUGGAUAUCAGUUUGAUUCUUUCUGAAGCAAUUCGGAGAAUCCACAAUGGAGAGUCCAUGGCUUACCUUUUCCGAAACAUCACGGUGGAUGACUAGCUCAUGGUUGCCUUGACCCUGGAACUCCAGAGGAAAACACACAAAGCAGUGCCAUGGACUGUGUGCAGUGCUUCCUUGCAGGGAGGACUGGAAGUAGUCUGGAGUUAGGUAGCUUCUCUCACAAGACUGGUGGGGAAGAGGCCUUAAGAUAGGCAAGAAGGUAAAGCUAGUGGUAAAUAACAUGGACUUAAGCGUCUGCCGUGAUCAGCCCUGUUCCUUAAGCAGAAGUGACCACAAUCUCAAAACCUUGUUGAUAUCAAGGAGGGGUGAAAGGAAGAGAAAGUCUUAACGCUAAUUUUUACUCAGUUGCUUCAGUUCUGGGGAACAGGUGUGAUGUUGAACUUGAUCUGGGAGUUGUAGCCCUGGUGCUGUUUCUGUCCAGUUGUCCUCUCCCUAGUCAAGUUCACUUAAGUCUUUUAUAGAGAAUCAUAUUUUUCUUUCAG